AAAAAGGGUAAUCGAUAAAAUGAUUAAUGUUAAAGUAUUAUUGAAAAAUUUGUGAAUUUUACCAUAAUAUUUAUAAAAAAAUAUUUAAAAAUGUUAUAAAAUAAUUAGAAAUUUUCAUAAAAUUUGAAUAUGUUUUUCAAUAUUUCGUUUAAAAAUUAUCUAAUCACUUAACAAUACAAGAGAACAUAAAAAAUUUUUCUUUUAUACUUGUAUAGUAAAGCAAAGGAAAAAAAAAACAUUCGUGGACAGUGUACCGAAAAUUUAUUACUACAUGAGAAUUUGUAAAACAAGAAAAAAAAAUCAAUGUAAAUAAGAAUAUUGUAAUUAAAGUGCAAUGUUAAUUAAAAAUGUAUAAUAUAAAAAUUUGAGAAAAAAAUUCUUUCAAUGUAAAGAAAAGAAUUUUUCUUUGAUUUAGAUUAAAUGUUAAAAUUUGUGAUAUUUUGAUAUAAAAAAAAGGAAAACAAAAAUCGAAUAUCAUGUUUUCGGGUUCGAUUAGUGAACUUGACUAUGAUUUCGAGAAAAGUGAAAAUGCAGUUAAAUGGAAAGGUUUAUUUGCACCAGCAUUAAAAAAGGUUCUCGAACAAGUUCAUCCAAAUUUAACAGCAAGAGAAGAUGCCUUAUUUUAUGUGGAAAGUCUUUGUUUGCGGCUAUUAGCUAAACUAUGUGCUAAACCACCACCGCAUACAAUUCAGGACAUCGAAGAACGUGUUGGUAAAACAUUUCCAAAACCAAUUCAUCGAUGGGCAUUAAAUGAUGCACGGGAUACAAUUGAUAAAUCAAAGAAAAAGAAAUCUGUGCUACCGGUUGAUCGUGUUCAUACAAUGUUGCAAAAAGAAGUUUUACAAUAUAAAAUUGAUAGUUCCGUGACAUUAUUUUUAGUAGCAGUUUUAGAAUCGGUUUCAGGUGAUAUAUUUGAUUUAGCCGGUAACUAUGUUAAAAAUAUCAAACAUGUUGAAAUGUCAAGAGAGGAUAUUGAAGUUGCAAUGUGUGCGGAUAAGGCCCUCAUGGAUAUGUUUUCGCAAGGAAAUAGUUUGAAUACGACAAUACCUAGUCAGCUACCGCAAACACCUAGAGCCAGUACUAGUUAUGAAGAUGUCGUCAAAGACUUAAUUCAUGAUGAGAAACAAUAUCAACGUGAUUUACAUAUGAUUAUUCGUGUAUUUAGAGAAGAACUUUUAAAAAUUGUUAAUGAUCCAAAAGAUUUAGAACCAAUUUUUUCAAAUAUUUUUGAUAUUUAUGAAGUAACAAUUACAUUACUCGGCUCACUAGAAGAUGUUAUUGAAAUGGCUGAAGAACAAAAUAAACCAUGUGUUGGUAGCUGUUUUGAGGAAUUAGCUGAAGCAGCUGAAUUUGAUGUUUAUAUUAAAUAUGCAAGAGAUGUAACAUCACAACAUUCUAGGGAUGCAUUAUCAAAUUUAUUAUCUAAGCCAGAUGCUAAUUCAUUAAUAUCAGCCGGCCAUGGAUUUCGGGAAGCUGUUAAAUAUUAUUUACCAAAAUUACUAUUAGUACCGAUUUGGCAUGCAUUUUUAUAUUUAGAUUAUAUAAAUACACUUAAAAAUUUGAGUAAAAAUUUGAACGAAGAUGAUCAUGAAAGUUUUGAACAAGUUCAAGGUUUAUUGAAACCUUUACAAACGGACUUGGAAAAUAUUGUGGCGACCUUGCCAAACGGAUUUUAUAACGAAUUUGUAAUUCGAAUGCAUAGUAAAGCCAGAAGGCAAUUAGCCAGCGAACGAUCUCGAGAUUUAGAAAAAACUGUAGAUAAUUGGGAAGUUGUAGGAAAUUGUUAUAAUGAAUUUAUACGAGAGGAUACAUUGAAACUGAGUUCUGGGAAAAGAGUAACUGAACGUAAAGUUUAUUUGUUUGAUGGUUUACUAGUUUUAUGUAAAGCAAAUACAAGACGACCUGUUGGCGGAAAUACACCACAAUACGAUUUUCGAUUAAAAGAACAUUUUUAUAUGAGACAUGUUGAAAUUAUUGAUAGACAAGAUACUGAUGAGUUAAAGCAUGCCUUUGAAAUUUCACCAAGAACGCAUCCGGCUGUAGUAUUAAUAGCUAAAAAUGCUCAGCAUAAAAACGAUUGGAUGGCUGAUUUAAUAAUGGUUAACACAAAAUCAAUGUUAGACCGCAUUUUAAAUAGUAUUUUAUCAGAUAUAGAAAAGAAACAUCCUUUACGUUUACCUAGUCCAGAUAUUUAUAAAUUUGCAGUUCCUGAUAGUCCAGAUAAUAUUGUUUUAGAGGAGAGAGAAAGUACUGGGGUUCCUUUAAUUAAGGGAGCAACACUGUGUAAGUUAAUAGAACGCUUGACUUAUCACAUUUAUGCAGAUCCAAUGUUUGUGCGAACAUUUUUAACGACAUAUCGAUAUUUUUGUGCCCCUCAAGAACUUUUGCAACUUUUAAUUGGGCGCUUUAAUAUACCAGAUCCUAGUUUAGUUUAUCAGGACAAUUUACAGAACAGUGAUCAAAAUAUGGAAACAGACAAAAUUCAUAAAAAUUCUCAUCGGGAAGAUUGGAAGCGGUACAAAAAGGAAUAUGUACAGCCCGUUCAAUUUAGAGUUUUAAAUGUAUUGCGCCAUUGGGUGGAUAACCAUUUUUAUGACUUCGAGAAGGAUCCAUCUUUAUUGUCCAAAUUGUUAGAUUUUUUAUCUACUGUAAAUGGAAAAUCUAUGAAAAAAUGGGUCGAUUCUGUUUUAAAAAUAGUUCAACGAAAGGAGGAGCAGGAAGAAAAAACCAAUCGACAGAUAACAUUUGCAUUUAAUGACAGUCCACCGGCAAUAGAAUGCCAUUUAGAAGUUCCUGAAACUAAAUUUAAUUUAUUAACUUUGCAUCCAUUAGAAUUGGCGCGUCAAUUAACUUUAUUAGAGUUUGAGCUUUAUAAAAACGUCAAGCCAUCAGAAUUAGUUGGGUCGCCGUACGCUAAAAAUGAUAAACAGCUUAAUUCACCAAAUGUAUUAAAAAUAAUGAAGCAUUCUACAGACGUAUCGAGAUGGAUUGAGAAAUCCAUAGUGGAAGCAGAAAAUUUUGAAGAACGUGUUGCUAUUUUAACACGUGCUAUCGAAGUAAUGUACGUUAUGUUCGAACUUAAUAAUUUUAAUGGCAUGUUGUCAAUAAUUGCUGUUACGAAGAGUGCAGCUGUGCAUAGACUGACGCAUACAUUUAAUGCAUUAAGUCCAUCACAUAAAAAAAUACUAGAAGAAAUGGAAAAAUAUAAUGAUGGUCAUUUACAAAAAAUUCAGGAAAAAUUAAGAUCCAUCAAUCCACCAUGCGUGCCAUUUGUUGGAAAAUAUUUGACAAAUAUUUUACAUUUAGAGGACGGUAAUCCAGAUUUUUUACCUAAUACAGAAUUAAUAAAUUUUUCUAAGAGGAGAAAGGUAGCGGAAAUAAUUGGAGAAAUUCAACAGUAUCAAAAUCAACCUUAUUGCUUGAAAAUCGAUCCAAGAAUAAGACGAUUCCUGGAAAAUCUUAAUCCUUUUGAAGGUAUGCUUGAUGCUGACCAAUCUAAUUAUUUAUAUAAGGAAAGUUUAAGAAUAGAACCAAGGAAUUGCAAAGUUCCCCCAAGAUUCCCCCGGAAAUGGCCCGAAUAUUCAUUAAAGUCACCGGGCAUAAAACCUAGACGUCAUAACAAUAGCAGUAGUAGCAACAAUAGUAAUAGUACAAUAUCAUCAUCAAUAAUUUCUCCAGGAUAUACUGGUGGUGGUCAUGUGAAUAAUGCAGCAACUUGUAGCGAAGGUGAAUUGAGUCCAACAUCGACAACAACUACAAUUUCUUUGCCUAUGACAUCGUCGCGAAACGCUCAAGAUCACUCAGUAUUUGCAAAUGUUAAUAUAGUGGGAAGAAGUGGUAGUUCUCAUCAACAUCAACAUAGUUUUUUAUCACAUUCGUCUACACAAACAUUAAACUCUAUUUCUCCUGGGGCAAUUGGAGGUGUGUCUCCUAAUGAAGUUCCUUCAAAUUUUGAUAGAAUGUCAAUCGCAAGUGGUAAUUAUAGUAGUAACAGUAGCGUAGCUCCAGAGCUACCAAAACGUUCAAACAGUAUUAUAUCAACCGAUGGUUCUAUAAAACCACCUAUUUUAAGUCCCGCAAAUAUAAGUGGCAGUCGAUAUUUAUCAACUUUAACUUCUCACCAAAAACAUAGACUAAUGGAACCGUUGUCUGAAUCGAAUUCGGGUAGUCAGAUAAAUAGUUUUAACUAUGGAGGAAACUUUAGUUCUGCGAAUGUAAAUAAUAUUAAUGAGCAGUCUCCUCCACCAAUCUCGCCGCACCGCAUAAGUUCCAAUAGUCCUAGAAGUGAAUCUGUGUACAACAACAAAAACAGGAAUUGUUUAUAUAGUUUUAGUCCAAAUGAUGAACACUUGAUGGCAAAUCAUGCUACGAAUGAAAAUCUUGGUACAACUAAUUACGGAUUUUCACCUUCAAGUCCCAAAUUCCAUACAAAUCAUCAAGCAGGUUCAAAAAUUCAAAACGAAAUUAAUUUACAUGGUGAAACUGGUCCAGUCCCUUUAUCGCCGCAUGUCAACGUACCAACAACAUCACAUGGGCAAAUUCCUCCUCCAUUACCACCUCGCAGACAAGAAAGAUUGAGGAAACCACACCAACCCCCUGAUGUCGCUCAGUUAGCACAAAAACGACAAGCACCUGAUGCACCACAACUGCCACCACGAGACGGUGAUCCAAGUCCCCCUCCAUUGCCACCUAGAACUAAUCAUAUUUGUCAUUCUUUAAAUCAUUCGCAUCACCAUUUACAUCAUCAUCAUUCUAUGCAUAAUUACUCUAUAUCUUCACAACACGUCCAACAACUUUGUACGCCAGUGAUGGCUAGUGUAAAUUUGUGUCGAAGUAAUAAUCCUACAAUAACAGUUGACCCACUACAUGGUGUUGAUUUGCUAAUGGGUCAAAAUAAUUUAAUGUUACCACAUUCGAGUACGUUAAUGAUGCGUCGUAACUCUGCUAUGGAAAGAGCAGCAAAACAGUCAGCAAAUUCGAAUACAGAUAUAACAAUGUCUAAUAAACCUACUAAUAAUGUUAUUCCAUCAAAUGGAACGAAUAUACAAAACGUGAUAAAUAUAAAUUGUCAAAAAGCAAAUAUCAUAACCAAUACCAAUAGUAUAAAUUCCUAUUCAACUAAAGCAAUUUCUCCUGCAUCUAGCUCAUCUGCAACAGCCUCACCUAUAACACCAAUCACACCUAUAUCGCCUCGUUUACAUCAUCACCAACAAUCACAUCAACAAAAGCAACUAAUUGCUCAUAGUCACAGUCAAUCUUUAUCAUCUGAUGAAAAACUUGAUUUUUCGUCUACAUCAACGAGUACAACAGUUGCUACAGUUACAGUAACAGCAUUACGACGAGCGAGUACGAAUACACCACCUCGUUUCUCGCCGGGAGAAAGUACACCCAAAUUACCUCCAAAACCAAAGUUCAGUAUGAAUUGCUAUCAUAAUAGUUCAGAUAAAAUUACUAUGUUCCCAUAUCCAAGUACAAAUCAGGAGUAGAUUAUUUCUACAUCAGAAAAACAAUAAUUAUUAAAUAUGUUUGAAAUUAAUUAUAUUAUAUUGACUAAUCAAAAACAAAACAAAAAUUUAAGUGACAAAACAUUUACACUUGUAAAUUAAAAAAAUCUUCCAAAUCUCAAACCUGUUUGUUUUAUGUUCAUUAAAUUUUGGCCGUCAUUAACCAUAUUUAAUUACAACAAAGAAUUAAUUAAUAAUUACGAAAAAUAAAUAAUAUAUAUUUUAUUAAAUUUGUUGUUUGUAUCAUUUUUUGUACAUCAUUACAAAAUGAUAUUAUAAUUUAAAAAAAAAUUUAAAUUAAAAACAAAGAUGAUUUAAUUGUUUCAAAUUGAAUAUAAAGGUAUA